AUGGACGGCGCUGAACCGGACGAGAAGCUGUUUCAAGCUGAUCAGAAAAAUGUCGAUAUCUCGAAAGCGGAAGCAGAAUGCGGACUCUACGGUGCAACGGUUGCUUCCGUCGGGAAUGCGGAGGAAAAUAAGGAUAUCCUAGAAUUCGGAAUCAUUGCUCAAGUGAAGAAGAAUGAAGCGUAUCUCCUCGGCGCCACGAAGAAGGGCAGUGGUCCUCUGGGAUUUGAAUGGAUUGAUGGGAAAAGGUUCAACUACACAAAUUGGAAGAAGGGAGAGCCGAGCGAUAAGCACAAUGGAAAAAAGGAAGAGUGCGUUGAGAUGUUCGUGCGGUACUGGAAGUUCGACCCCAAGAAGAGUCUGGAGCAAAACAUGGAAGCCACUGGCGCCGGAAAAUGGAAUGACCUGAG